UCCUUGUCAAAGGUAGUUGUGUUUUUAUUUCCUCUGAAAGCAUCAGUACCUUAAACGUACUUGUCCAGGAUGAUAAAUGGAUAUCUCAGGAGAGACUAGAGCGGUGAAAAGUAUUUGAUCCAAUUCUUUAGCUUGCGUUCAGGAGAUAAGGAUUAGUUAUUGUAUUAUAGUUGCCGGAAUCUGAUCAGAGCCACAUCUGUUAUUUAUCAAAAUACCAUCUGCUUUCAUUGAGCAGGGCCUAUGUUAUUUGUAUCCAACAAUUUUCGUUUGUAAACUGGCCAAGUUGGCAUUCCGUGAAUCAAACUCGGGGUUCUCUCGCACUGUCAUUUAUAUCUUGUUAGGUUAAUGCAUUUUAUUUGGGUUUCAACCAGCUCCGAAAUUUUUUUGUCGACCUGGUUUAGUCGCUCAAAGUGUAGUAAGUUUCCUAGUGAACUGAAUUUAAUUUAUAUGUGAUAUGUUCAUGGCCGACCAUUGGAAUGUACCUGAGGUGGCUCAGUGGUUAAAGAAGUUCAUGUAAUGUUUUUAGUACUCUUGUUUUGCUUUGUAGGCUAUAUGGUGGAGCUUGAAGCUGAAGUUGCAAAGAUAGAAAGAAGAGAGGAAAAGUUACUAAGGAAGCCGGCAAUAUGUAGGAAUUACAGAAGAAUCAGGAGAUGGAGAUAAUGAAUCUUCAAGGAAGCCAACAUAAAAGCUGUGGAAGAUACUGUCAAAUAUAGAUCAUGCUCAUACUUGGUUUCUAUAGAUAAAUCAUUCUAAUUAUAAUGUUUAGUUGAACUGUGUUCUCAUCUUUUAUCAAAUUGUAACCUCUCUCUCUAUACAUAUAUACAGGAUCAUCAGAAUCUCUUUGCUUAGAUAUUGCUAAAGCUUAAC